CAUGCGCCAGUGCCCGCGCAGCUAGUGGUGGGGGCGUCUGCAGCGCUCCCUCCUCCGGCUCCGUAGCCCCCGCCCCACGGAGAGUCGGGCUCACGCCAUUUUGUGCCCCCCCACCUCUGCCCGGGCCGAGCCACCUUCUCCCUUUCUACCCUCUCAGCCCUCCACCCCGCCCCUUUCCAAGCGUGUCCCGGCCGCCGCAGCAGAAACCGCACCAUCUCUCCCCACGUUCUCCACGCGGGACGUGCCGCCGUGCCUACAAGUGUUCUUUAAAUCAGAGAUGAAUAAUACUGCAGCCAGCCCAAUGUCUACUGCUACUUCAAGUAGUGGAAGAAGUACAGGGAAGUCUAUAAGCUUUGCAGCAGAGUUACAGAGUAUGAUGUUUUCUUUAGGUGAUGCUAGGAGGCCUCUACAUGAAACAGCAGUUUUGGUAGAAGAUGUGGUACACACACAGUUAAUUAAUCUGUUACAGCAAGCCGCUGAAGUUUCUCAGCUUCGGGGAGCAAGGGUAAUCUCCGCUGAAGACCUUCUGUUUUUGAUGCGCAAAGAUAAGAAAAAGCUUAGAAGACUCCUAAAGUACAUGUUUUUCCGAGACUACAAAUCCAAGAUUGUCAAGGGCAUAGAUGAGGAUGACCUUCUGGAAGACAAACUGAGUGGCAGCAAUAAUGCAAACAAAAGACAGAAAAUCGCCCAAGACUUUCUCAGCUCUAUUGACCAAACAGGAGAACUCCUGGCAAUGUUUGAAGAUGAUGAGAUUGAUGAAGUUAAACAAGAAAGAAUGGAGAGAGCAGAAAGACAAACUCGAAUUAUGGAUUCAGCCCAAUAUGCAGAAUUCUGUGAAAGUCGACAAUUAAGUUUCUCCAAAAAGGCCUCCAAAUUUCGAGACUGGUUGGACUGCAGCAGUAUGGAGAUAAAACCCAAUGUUGUCGCAAUGGAAAUUUUAGCGUAUUUAGCAUAUGAAACAGUGGCACAGUUAGUGGACCUGGCUCUUCUUGUGAGGCAGGACAUGGUAACCAAGGCAGGAGACCCCUUCAGCCAUGCCAUUUCUGCAACCUUCAUUCAGUAUCACAACUCUGCUGAGGGGUCUUGCAUGAAGUCCUACCCAGAGUCCCCUGAGAACACACCUCCUCCUACACCGACUGCUCCAUCAUCUGGAUCACAGCACUCAGGGAAAACCACAUCAGGAUCCCUAGGGAAUGGGAGUGCUGGACAAGACUCAGCUAAAACCAAGCAAAGGAAAAGAAAAAAGAGCACUGCGGCCUGUGGUGUUGAGGCUCACAGCGAUGCCAUCCAGCCCUGCCACAUCAGAGAGGCCGUUCGACGCUACGGCCACAAGAUUGGCCCCCUUUCCCCAUUCACAUGCGGGCCAGAAAGCCAGGGAGAUGAGAAACUGCUGCCUCAGGAGAAGCAUCUGCCAAUCAAAGCCGGCCAGCCCGAGAGAUGGAUCUCAAGCCCAUCAGCACCUCCUCCUCCACGGCCGAGACCUGGGCGGAGGGGGGCAGAGUUAAGUGCGCAGUGCUCUGUGACCCUCUCUAGAAAGUGCAACGUGCUUAGAGUGCCUACCGCAGGAAUGGGAUGGCUUUUCUGGCCUGCUGAUGGGACUGUGACUGUAACAACAGGAAAGGCACUGUUAUAGUAAGGAGUAAACCAAGCCAACUCAGCACUUCCUGUUUACCUCCUGGUUAUACGUAUCAUAGAUGGCAACAAACCUGAUUCCUGAAAUAAGCUCCCUUGGUUGACUUCUGCAUUUUCUGGUGAGGCAACCAGCCUGUCAAUACUUGAACAAUGAGUUUGGCUAUCAAAGGCUUGUUCUGACAUUACCCCUCCAAACUGUGGGUGGAAAGGAGAAUCACUUAAUGUAAUGGUAGGGAUAACAUAAUAGUAGGAUUUACAGUUAAAUGGGGGCAUCACACAGUACCUUUCACUGGAGAAUAUCAAAACAGUUUCAACUUUUAAGCUUGGAACAUGUGACAUGAGCGAACACAAAGAUAGCAAAUAAGCGGGUUUCCUCUGGAAAGUCUCAGUGCUCGAAAUAUCUAUUUUUUAAGGAAGAAAACUGAGUUUUAUGUGUGUUGAGUGACUAAAGUGUAAGCUUAGAAAUAUUUUAUGUUUCCAUCACAGUUUAUUCUGCUUCGCAUAAAUCAGCAGAGCCAACCAUAAUUUACCAUUUACUAGGGCUUUCUCAGUUGUUUUACACUCACGUCAGACACACCUUCGUACAAGUCCCUCCGGGUCAAUAGUUUAGAAAUUCUGCCUCUUCCAUCCCCUUCUCCUCUCAACACUUAUGGAAAUAUAUGCUAAUUGGAACAGAAGCAGCCUACCCAGCUAAUAGGGUUAGACCACUCUUAACACAAGAUUAAUGAGAUAGAAGUUUAAGGAAAAAACAACAUUUCUCAAGCAGUAAGGGUGUAGAUGCCAAGUAAAAGCCAACACCCCUUCUGGAUCAGUCAGACCCCAAGCUUUGUUUGCCCUUGACUUAAAGGAGUGGAAGAGGAAAUCUUGUCCAUCCGGCCCUGCCGUGCCCUCUGUUGCCACCCUCUGACUCAGCAUAGCUGGCUCUCCCACCUUCCCUGAGGCCUCGGCUCAGCAGUCACCGUGGUGGAAAACAAGACCACAGACUCAAGAUGUAGAGUGAGACCCCACACACUGCUUACUGGGCAGACACGCCGCCGAAAGGACUGAGGAGGCACGAGCAUACCACAGGGGGCCCCCUGUAUUCGUGGCUGCUUUUGUAGGUGUGUGAUCGAAGUGCAUAAAAGAGGGCAUUCAGAGACAACGGAUAUUUAAAGUCACAGAUACUGGCAAGAAGUUGUUUGUAAAAUGUUCUACAUCCCCACUGUGUGACUGAACCAUGGGUCAGCAAACAUUGAAAUACCUUUCAAGCCCAAUCAGGGGCUUAGAGAACAGUAUCUGCUAAGAGGAAGAAAAGCCUAAGUAUCUUAUCAAUUUGCCAAGACUGUAAUUGACAUAGUGUGUGAUGAAUCUAUAUUACUGGGGACGAGGGGCUGGUUUCCUCUAGAUUUCCACCUCUUCCAGGGUCCAAAGCGUGGCACACGCUCAGCUCUUUCUACACGCCCUAAAUUCUUCCAUUACUUACCAAUCACACAUGCACACACACAAGCAGGGGGAGUGGCAAAGAGAGAAGCAGGCUCCCUGGCUGAGCAGGGAGCCCAAUGUGGGCCUCGAUCCCAGGACCCCAGUAUCAUGACCUGAGCCGAAGGCAGCCGCUUAACUGACUGAGCCACCCAGGUGCCCAAUUGCUGAUAUUGUUAAUUAAAAUAUGUUUUUAUCGGGGCACCUGGAUGGCUCAGUCGGUUGGGCAUCCAACUCUUGAUUUCCAAUCAGGUCGUGAUGUCAGGGUCCCAGGAUUGAGCCCCAUGUCAGGCUCCCCACUAGGCACUGAGCCUGCUUGAAGAUUCUCUCUCUCCCUCUCCCUUUGCCCCUCACCCUGCUCGUGUGCUCUCUCUCUCUCUCUAAAAUAAAUGAAUAAAUCUUAAAAAAAAAAAAAAAGGAAAAAUAUGUAUUGUUUUGGUUCACAAAUGGUUAAGUGCUUCUUUUGCUUUAAUUCUGUCAUCAGCCCACGCCAUUAAAUAAGAAACACAGAAAUUCAUUUAUAACAGUUGAAAAAAUAUGUCCAAUGAUGACAAAUCCUUUGAUAAAACAUACUUUGGGUAAAUGCCUAAUUCAGCUCUUUUUGUUUAGACUCAAUCUGGAAACCGUUCUCCCCUCCAAAAGCCAGAAGAGGCUAACUCUGUGGCACAGCAGAGACAGACAGGAGCAGAACUCUGAGCCCUGGGAUCAGAGGGAGUAGAGGGAGACUGGGACCUACAGGGCAGUGGGGGCAGAGAGGGGUCUGUUCCCGGACGGCACCUGACUUCCAUCUGGUCCCUUCCCUAGUGAGGAGUCUGGCCCUCUUUAUUUCCCCUUUUGUGGUCUCUGGGAGACCAGCAACACUGUUUUCGAUUACAGUGAUGGUUAGGGAUCUGCAGCAGGCGGGACGCUGGGGUCCAGAGAGGGCAACCCGGGUAAGCAGGCCGCCUAGAUAAUGCUGGCUCAGCUGGGCUCCCAGCCACCUGGUUAUGUGAUGGACUGCACUCACAUUCCGGGGGGACGGGACCGGCACCUCGGAGACUGCAUUCAGACGUUAAAAUACACACCCACAAAACAGCCAUCCCAGACCCCUAAUCUUACUUUAUGACCAAACUGUAAUUACAUUACAGCAAUUACUUGAAUAUUACAUUUUUAUUACUGUUAUGUCAUUAUGUCUACUAGGAAAAAAAUAUGCCUACUUUAACCAAUAAAAUUCUUAAUGACUCAUUUAAGCUCUGUCUACAUGAAACCCCUGACUUAAACAUUUUGGUCAAAAUAAUUUUUCAGGCCUGGGGGAAGAAGAGGGUUAUCCUUCACCUCCAUGAUUGACCAAAAAGCAGGAAAACUUCCAUUUGUAGAUGUACUUCUAGAGAUGGAAAAGUCCUAGCCCAGGCUAGUCAGAAAGUUACGAUGGUUACGCUUAAGAGCUGUAUUUAUAAAGCCAUCAAUUCUUUAUCAUCUGUUGAUCAGUUUUAACUACUGACAAAAAGUAGAGCUGAGAUCUCAGGACACAUCCGCCUCUCCGUCCUCAAAUGCAUGGAGGCACAUUUGAUAUACUCCGAAAAUGUUGAGUCAGUCGACUGCAGAAGGAUUCUUUAGAGGCCGAGUAGGCCAGUUUUGCAGCCCUUCUACUCUGGAAGCCAGUGAUUUAUUUAGAACUCACUCAGGACACUCCCCAAAUAAAGUUACUCAUGUGAGGUACUUAGGUUUUUUAAUCAUUAUAUUUUUCUUCAUUACCUCUUUUUAGGUAGCGUCUCAUUUUCUGAAUGCCUUAUCUUGCUUAAGAUGUCAGGCUGUCAAACUGAGUACAUUUUCUCAGCCGGGGGGACCCUCUCACCCUAACCGCUUCCAGCUUAACCCAAGCUGUGUCCUUUCCUAAGCAGCGCAGGCCUAGACAAGUGUAGCGUGCUGUCUUUCUCAGAAAUAAUUCUACACUUUGAGAGCCAGAAUUCAGGCCCUUGAAUUUGGAGAAUUGACCAUAUGAGCUGACUAAGUCAAAAUAUCCAGAUUUAACUGCUUUUGAAUUUUAUCCACACAUACUUUACCCCCAAAUAGUCUACGUAUUGAACAAACACCUUCCUUCGAGAAAAUGAAGUUGGCUAACAGGUUUUGCUUCCCCUCGGUAAACCUAGCCCAAGGUUUGUUCUUUGCCUCAUUUUUCUUAAUCCUUUUGGCAAAUAUAUGUCCUAUAUAAUUCAGUGCCUAAUUCUAAAGUUAUGUGCAUCUGC